CGUGUAUCGACUCUCGGAUGCUAUCUAUAGCCCGUGUCAGACUCUCCGCGAAUACUCAAAGCCCAGCCCACAUCAACUUAACUAACUAGCGGUACCGCGCAUGCGCAGUUCGCGGUGGGUUUUCUCGGAAGCUCCGGCCACCCACAGCUCUGCAUGAUUCCUGCACGCUGCUGCUGAGAUGCUGCUGACUCUGCUGCGAUGCUGGGUAGGCCUGGUUGCAGCUAUGGCUCUGGUGAAUGCAGUCCAGUGUUUCCUAGACCAGCAGUUCCCUAGGGACAGAAUCUAUGACCUCCAGCCUUCUGAAGCAACACGCCUAUUGUCGAGAAUGUUGGGAGUUUGGACACUGCUAGCUGCCUUCGUCCGAAUCGCUUUUGUUGUAUCACCACAUAACAAAAGUGUGUUUGCAGUGACAUUUGCUUCGUUUGUGCUGGCGUUUGCUCAAUUUGCUCUGGAAGUCUUUGUCUACCACACAGCCAGCCCUUCCUUUGCCUCCAUCGCACCUCUCUUUGUAUCAGGUGUUUCCAUUGUUUGGAUGACGUUUGUGUGGCCUACAAUUUCGUUUGCCGAGAGCACAAAGACGAAAAGGAUGUGAUGAUUUUUUUGCAUUAAAAAUUGGUUUUGAUGUGCACUAUAUUAUAUAUACACAUAAAACUGUACACGAUUACACUCACACGAACCAAGACAAAAAUAGAAGUUGUAUGCAUAAAAUAUGUGCUAACUCAAAAAGGCUCUAAAACUGUACAUUUUGGCAUAUCCUCUCUGCUUGCUAAUAUCGAUAAAAUUAUUUGUUUCUCCUACUGCUUGGCUCGUACGGACAACAUGGCUUCCCGUUCUCCUUAUAAUAGCUGUUUACCAGUCGCACAAACUGCUCUGAGGCUUUCUGCUUGGCAGUUUUUCUGCUCUCGUCUCUCCCCGAGGUGACAAACUCUCCAUUGACAAAGAACUUGCACUCCGUCGACCCGUUUUGCAUUUCGUUGAAUUCAAAAUCAUGCGUGAACUUCUUGUCGAAGCGAGCGAUGUAGCGUUGUGUGAUCGCGUUGACUAGUGAGCUGGAAGAGUUUCCGGGACAGAAGCACUGGCUACACAUGCACAUGGAUUGGAGCAUCUUUUGGACCUCCUUUGGUAUGCCAUCUCUUUGCCUCUUUCGACCUCGUCCCUUCUUUCUCUGCCUUCUUCUCGUGCUGCUUGCGAAUGGCCGAUAUGAGUGCAUCGACUUGGAGGGAAAUUUGCUCAAACGAAGCGUCGGUGUCAUCUCCCGAAGUGUUGUGAGCUGUCUCGUUGCUCGAACUGGAGGAUUCCCCGUGGCUGGUCCCCCUGGCUUGUUUCUUUGCCCCCUCGCCUCCUCCCACCUCCCCACCCGGCGACAAACGCCUCUUCCUCUCCACCCUCUCCCUCUUCUUCCUCUCUGAGCGCAGCAACUCGUGGUCGGGCCGCGGGUAGUCGGACACCAGCUCCUGCGUGUGGGCGGGGUAGCUGCAGCCGAGGAAAGUGACGUUGGCCCAGACCAGGGAGAGAUGUAUUGCCUUCUCCAGGCCGUGCCGGUCCAAGUUGUCCUCCACGAACAGAAGGCGGGACUCCCACUCGUGCUUAGGCUCCCAUGGGUUCCUCUUGACCAGCAGGUGGAGCGGCUGCGACUGUACGGUCGUCAUAUACAAGGAGGGAAGAACCGCAACCGCGUG